ACACUCACCCCACUCUCACCGUAACCCACCGCCCAUUAAUUCCUUCCCCAACGUUUUUUUACCACACCCUAAUAGAAGAAGCCUCAAGAAAGAAACUCCCCAGCUUCUUUUUGCUUUGUCCCUGCGUUCCCAAGCUUUCCAAUGGCGAGGCCAAUACGUCGCCAACACCAUCAGGCCGAUUGGUAGUGGUGAGCAGCUCAGCAUCAAAGCCUACGCCGGGUUUUAGUCCGGGAGGAUUAAGAUAACACGGUAGAUCUUUAUCGCCGUUGAAUGCGGGAACCCAUCGAUGGAGAAGGAAGGACGUUGAAAGGGAUGAUGAUGGCAGUAGUGAUGAACCUACAAUGGAACGGUGGGAGCAUUUCUGGCGAUGAUGAUGCCGUCGCCCCUGACAACGAUUGGCUGUAGUUGUACGUGGACAAAAUAGACAGAGAGAGUUGGGUCAAGGAUUGGGAUUGUUGAUGUCGGAAGAUACGUUGAGAGGCUUAACGAAGAUCAAUGGCGGUGGGGUGGUGAAAGCAUUCCUACGGAGACGACAGUGCUUUUGUCUCAGAAAAUCCAUUGAGAGGUAAGGAUCGUACCUUUCCUUUAUAUUCCACUUAGACUCAUUUACCACAGUUAUAUUAAUAGGAGUGAGACAAAGCAUGAGAUAAAUCGUUAAGAGAUUAACUGGAACUCCUACGUGAGGUAAUAUACAUGGGUGGAUUGAAUUAUAUUUAUAUGAUGUGGGUUCGGAUUGGAUUUGAUGAUCAAUGGACCUGUGGGGAUUUGGCACUAUUUGGAUGUUUAAUCCUUUUCUUAUGAAUUAAUGGGGACUAAGAUCCUUAAGAAAUAACGUGAGUUAUGCAUUGCUAAGCGCACGCAUGAUGGAGGAUUAUGCGUGUGGUAUUUGGGAAUCGACACGUGAUGGGACAAUGUCCCAUGAGUUGAAUGCUAAUCGUUCAAUCCCAAUGCUUAGAGAGCAUACCUAUCUAGAAUGAAGGUCCCUGCUGGAACUUCAAAGUUCAGAACUCUUAAUUAGCACAAUUUGAUUUGGUUUAGAUGACUUGUGGAAUCAAAUGGAGCUGUUCGUCUAGCAUGGAGUAUGAAUUGUAGAAGAGACAACGACGUGACCUAAGGAUGGAGCUUUAAAAUCAAGGUGAGUGUAGGGGGGGGGGGGGGGGGGGGGGGGGGGGGUAAAAUCUUUGUCGAGGUAUUUUAGUUUAUGUCUUUUAAUUCAAUUACUAGAUAAUUAGCCCGUGCUUCGCAACGGGAAUGAUAUUAUCAAGAAAUGCAUAAACUUAUUAGUUACUUAGAUUUCAAUGAGAGCUCUAUGAAAAUGACUUCAAUAAAGUUGUGGCCAUCUUUCCCCUAAACUUCAUCAAUAGGAAUCAUAUGCUAAGAUAGUUCACUAAUAGACCGAGAGAUAAGUAAUUCGACCCAUUCAUAUUCAAAUCAUGAAUGUUUGGAAUUCAUAUUAUGCAAGGAAACGUUGCAUUUUGCCAAUUCGAAUUGAAGGGUAAAGAACAUUAAAUGAUUCAACAUUAAUUUCCAUUAAACCCAUUAUCCCAACCAAGAAUUUCAGGAACACAUGAGCCCGCCCUGUCCACCAUUUAUUCUCGGUCCUCGGCAUUAUUUACGGAUGCCAGUAGUAUACAUUCUCUCCUGUCGAAGGAAACCAAUUUAACUUCUACUCCUCUUUGGAAAAGAUCUGCCUACUACAAACUGUCCUUUUUCAAAUAUCUCAAUGAUGAGUCUGUCAAUUUAAUAGUUUAAAUCUACAUCACAGGCAUCACCAUCUUUAGUGUCUUAAAACAUGAACCUUUAAAUCAGUUUGCAUAUUGAGUUUGAUGUCUUUAAUAUCCAGUAACUCAUCACUCAGCGAUAGAACUUCGAAUGUAAUAGUGUGGCACUCCUUCAUCCAUCUAAAACAACAUUCAUAAAAUCAUCACCUACUGAAGAAAAAACUCUAAUUUCAACUGAUCCAUCAUCACCUUGCAGCUAGUGAAGCGAAAUUCUCGCUGGUCAAUAUAUCUUAAAAGUACAUGCAUGUACCUAAUAGAAGCAAUAGAAAGAUUAAAUAAGAAAACAUAAAAGGAUAAAAGAAGCAACACAUAGAUAAAUAACCUCAUUGGUUGACUGUUUUGAAUCAAGCCUUAAGAAUUGCAGGCCAAGUUUAAGCAUGCAGAUUUACUAUCCUUCUUCAAGCCAAUUAGCUAGUCAUUGACAUUGAUGCACGAACAGCAAAGAGCAUUAGAUGACCAACACAUUUAGCGUAAGUAACUCGGUGUAAAAGCAAUAGAGUUAUAGAGAAGGCUCUUGUGAAAAGCUCUUGGAUGAUUAGAUUAUAAACUUGCUAAACCAAUCACUGAAAUUGUGUACAACAUGACCAUUAUGACUCACAUCUAUGUCCGAUUCCCAGUCCCAGGAAAUGCAAUUCGCUUCUCUGAUGUUUUGCUUGUUCUUGGACCACUACCACAGAAAAUACAUCCAAGAGACUACUAAAAUUGGAAGUCGUUCCAACAUGUUGUAACCCAAUCCAACUGUAUAGAAGAAUGAAGAACAAAGAGGAAUGUAAGGAAUUGACAAACCUAAAGCUUGAUAACAAUGGAGACCACCAUCCCUCUCAAUCUAAGAAGAAAAAUGGGGAGUCAGAGGGAGUGUAAGGAAUUGUCAUACUUAAAGCCAAGCUCCCGAGAUUUUCCAUCCUAACCUUCUUCUUCUCUAGAAACCUUAAGAGCACCGUUGACACUCCAGAAACCCUCUCAAAUUCAGGGAAAGAUAUAAAACAGCAAUUGGGUGAUAUAAAAUCAUCGAAUCUGUAAUGGGUAGAAAAGAGAAAAAAUUUGAAUGGCCAAGCAGAGGAAGAGGAAGCCUUGGUUAGUGAAUUCGACAUGCUCAGAGAAGAAGAAGAAGUGGAGGGAGCAGGGAUCGUUUGCACCAUUUUGCCCUAAACUAAAAGUGAUGCUAUUGAUUCACUUUGUCCUUUGCUCCUUUUAAUUUCUCAUCAGCAAAUCAAGAAAAAUAAAAGUAGGAAGAGGAAUAACUCACCUUCGCAGUUCUUUUCUGCUUGAUUCCAAAUCAAAAUCCUCAUGCCCUCAAGGAUAAGAGAGGAGAAUGGCGUCGCCAUCGUCGGGGCUCUACGCUUUCGUCGAUUUUAUCUCAGAAGAGGAAUAGAUGUUGAUGGCUAAUUGAUUGCGGAAGGGGAUAUGGGAAAGUCAAGGAGAGAAAAAAGGAGUUCCAGAGGAUAGAGAAUAUCUGAAAUUGAGGAGAAGAACGUGGAGACAGAGGGAACGGGAAUAGAUAUAGAGGAGAGAAGAAUGAUAGAAGGAAGGCAAGAUUCCAAUGGUCAUGAUUGACCUGCCAAUAUGUUAAUCAAUGGCCAUGCUUGGCUAUCCCAAGAUGGUAUACAUGGGUGCAGUUAGAAUCGACCACAUCCAGCUCAUGCCCCACUGUGAACAGUAAUUCCGAAAAUUUCUUAAGGAACAGUGACUCCGAUUUUUUUGUUACUCGCGGGUUAAUAUUUUAAAUGUUUGUUAUUUUUCAAGUAAGCGCGAUAAUGUGUGUGAGGCAUCCCACCGCCUACUUAAGGUGGAGGCACGUGUUGUGCUUGUGUAUGUAUGAAUGUAUGUUUGUAUGGUUGAUGGUAUGAGGAACCCCCGGGCGGUUGGGCCACUACUGGACGCAGUAGAUGGUCGGGUCACUACUGGACGGCGAGACGUAACACAGCAGUUGAUUGAGUAUGUUGGGGUCACUACUGGACGGCGAGACGUAAUGUCGUGCCAUUGCCAAGUUUGGGUAUGCAACCGGACAGCGAGACGUAACGCGGUUGGCAUACUAGGGUAGGACACCGGACUGCGAGAGGUAACGCAGUGGUCCUAGUGUUUUGUUUUUUAGUUAAGGAUAGAAGUCGAGAACUUCUAUGAGUUAUGUUGGAAUAAAGUGUCAAUGAUAGAAGUAUAUAACUUCUAUAAGAUAAGGUUAGGAGUAAUGAUAUUCCAUAAGUUAGUGAUUAAUAAAUUAAAAUUUGAAGGAUGAAAGCGAAAACGGCUUUUGUCUAAGAGAGGAAACCCGCUAAUAAUGUGUUUAGUAAGGGUUUGCUUAGGGCAAAGACCUUAGGAAGUAACGACGAGACUGACCCCUUCUCACUCACCAGGUUGAGGAAGGGUUAGCAGAUGAGGAUUUCGGGAAGAGGCAAGGCGCUGCGAGAGGUAACGCAGUGGUCCUAGUGUUUUGUUUUUUAGUUAAGGAUAGAAGUCGAGAACUUCUAUGAGUUAUGUUGGAAUAAAGUGUCAAUGAUAGAAGUAUAUAACUUCUAUAAGAUAAGGUUAGGAGUAAUGAUAUUCCAUAAGUUAGUGAUUAAUAAAUUAAAAUUUGAAGGAUGAAAGCGAAAACGGCUUUUGUCUAAGAGAGGAAACCCGCUAAUAAUGUGUUUAGUAAGGGUUUGCUUAGGGCAAAGACCUUAGGAAGUAACGACGAGACUGACCCCUUCUCACUCACCAGGUUGAGGAAGGGUUAGCAGAUGAGGAUUUCGGGAAGAGGCAAGGCGAGGAGAGAAGUCGCACCAGAGUGGACGAGAUCGAGGGAAGCUCAGCGAGGAGCUAAAGUUGAUUAGUUAUAUUUUGUUUAUGAUUAUGAGCAUAUACUGGAGGUUCAAGAUGUGUUGUUUUAAUGGCUAAGGGUUGAGUUUAACCACGUGUUUAGGGCAUUUCAUUUGAAAAUGAUUCAAUUGUAUUUGUUUUAAUGAAAAUUUUGAGGUUUUGAGUAUUGUUUUAAAUCGGCUCCGGAGCCAUGGUUAUUUCGGUUUGGUUAGAAAGGAUUGGGACGUUACAACCCAAUCUAAUGGUUUUUUUCUUCUUCCAAUUCAUGUGUUAAAUGAAAGACUUAAAACGAAGUCGUAUUCUGCAAAUACAAAGUCUGGUUACUUGAAGAACCACUUUCGAUCAAAGACGGUAGGAGGCGGGUUUAGAAUUAGACCAAACAAAGAACACAAAGUAAAUCUAGAAAUUUGCAGAAUUGAAAUGCAUAGGAGAUUUUACGUGGUUUCCGGCGUUGAGAGAAGGAUCUCAACGCUUACUAGUCCACGAUUGGUGAAUCACUAUUGUGUGAUUCCUGAUGAUUCACUAAGGAUAUUCUUGAGGCACUUUACAAUCAACACACUUGAAUCUGUCGGCCUUCCGAAUGAUCUUCUAACCAUCAGUAACUAACUCCCCGUCAAUCAGUCUGUUUCUACCCGAUAAACUCCCCAUCGAUCACUUGUACAAGAAAUCUCAGAGAUAUCUCUCCGAUUGCUCACUCACUUCCCUAUCAAUCAACUUACAGCAAUAUAACCUUGCUAUCUCACACGAUUGAUCUCCGAAAAGUAUCGCAUCUUUCUUGUUUUGUCUUGAUUUAUACUUGUCCGCAUACUAGCCAUUGCCUCUAUCAAUUUUCCUUCCAUGCUAUGAGGUUUCCUGAAUUGGUAAUUCUUGAUAUGGAAUCUUCCCCUUUGCCUGCUUGAUUUGAAAUAGGAUUCUAUAUAAAAUUCCAUCUUGCUCCUCUCUUUUCCUUCCUAUUAUGAGAUCGUUCCUUGUUCUACACGUUAACCAUUGACGGGCUUGAGCACAACAAUCUCCCCCUAAGCCGGUCAAUGGCCCUCUUCUGUUGUGCAUGUUGUUCCUACACACAUUUAACACACAGGUUACGUCAAACUGUCCCAAACCAUAAAUGGUAGUACACAAGGAUAAACAAAAGAAAUUUUUAUUUAUUCCAUGUAAUUAAAAAUAAAUUGAAGGGAAACUGCAUCAAUUGUAGGACAGACUCUUGAAACGACUCAUGCUCAGCUGAGUCUAAGCUUUAUUGAAGAGGAAAGACAAUGAAACAUAAACAAACAACUGACUCUCUAGACCUCACUUCCUAAACUUGACUCAAGACCGAGCUCCUCCUAAAUACUUAUUUAGAAUGGAUAAGGUGGUGAUGUAAUGUAGUCAGAGAUAUCCUCUUCAUUCUCUUUAGGAUCCUCCGAAAUCUUACCACUGGUGCUUGCCUCAUUUUCAUGUUGAAAGGAUUGGCGAAUAAAAUCCAGAUGGUGUAGAACCGCUUUCUGCUUUCCUUUGUUGGAGACAUCCUCAACAAGAUCCGCAAUGUUGAGUCCAUCUUCGGGCAGGGGAACAACAUCAUCAACAACAUGCAACAGCUACCCUAUGCCACGAAUCAACAAGGUGAUUUGGGGAGCAAAAGGAAGGGCUUCCGCAUAAUUUUCAUCAUGAUAGCGCACCAUAUGAUCAAACAUCAAGUGGGGGUAGCUGAUGACUCGGUUUUCCUUAGCACUUGCCAUGAUCCGCUGAUCGGUAGGAUAAACGGUUGUCAGCCUAUACGAACAAGGCAGAAAUACCCUAGUAAUAUAGUAAUGAAGGACUUUGAGAUCAUUUGGGAUUCUGCCAGAGAAUAUGAAAAAAGGAUAGUGACAACCCGUAUCAUGAAUGUACGUCCUGAUAACGACCAGCUCAUUGAACUCAGCAUCUGGAAAUUCAGAUUCAUUCAUGACUACGAUACCACUAAUGGGAAUGCUGAGAAGUUGAGAAAGGAGAUCCACAUUGAUGGUGAUAAGAUAAUUGAAGACAAUAGUGGUGAAGGAUGGAGGAUUUGUGUUGUAGCAUGGUCGCAUAUUCGCAUAGAACAUGCGAACUGGUUUCGGAUAGAAACCGAAAUGUGAUCCAGGAUCAAGUCAACCAGCCAACUACAUUGAUCAGGGAUGGAAUAUCCAUGUCAUACCGACUGAACAGAGAUGGGGAAAGAGACAAUAAAGGAUAGAGUGGACGAUCUUGAAACUUGAGUAGAUAUCUGGAGUAUUCCCGCUACAAGAAAACAUGCAUAUAGUAUCGGUUGUGUUGUGUCGAUUCAUUUAACCGACACUAAAAGUCUAUUUUAUGUCAGUAAUUUGUGUCGGUUAAGCAACAAACCCAAUUUUUCAUGUUUUUGUGUCGAGUAAAUUUAACAGACACUA